AUCAGCUGUAUCCAAUCAUAGCUGAUCACUGAUGAUCAGUGUGUCCUAAUGAUCAGUGUAGCCCCAGCAGUGCCACCUGUCAGUGCCCAUCAAUGCCACCUGCCAGUGCCCAUCAGUGCCACAUCAGUGCCACAUAUCAGUGUCUACCAGUGCACAUAAAUGCCACAUAUCAGUGACCAUCUGAGCUGCCUUUCAGUGCCACUUAUCAAUGCCAGUCAGUGCUGCCAAUCAGUGCCACCUAUCAGUGCCAGUCAGUGCAGCCUAUCAGUGACAGUCAGUGCCACCUAUCAGUGCGAAUCAGUGCUGCCUAUC